ACAAGGUCCAUGAGAUAUGCUUAUAUGCAGACUAAGGAUGUAAUGUGCUUAUAUAGAGGGAACAGGGCUGUGGCAUGCUCUCAUAUACAGUCUAUUUAUGUCUUAUACAGAGAUGCCCCACAGACAGACCGUUAGGAGACGUCCUUUUAAAGUGGUUUAUUUCUAACGAGGAUUAGACCAAAGACAUUCCCAAACUGGAUUAUAAGAGCUGUGUCCAGCAUGUCACAAUAAGAAGCUCUGCUGUCUCUUUAAAUCCCUCCUCCCUAGGAUGCAAGCCCUCCUCUAGUCUGUGUGUCUCUCCCUCUUACUGUCACAGAUCAUCCCUGCUCUCUCUGUCUGCCCCUUCCCCUGCUCUCCUCUGUCAGCCUGGCAGCAUUCCUGAGCCCCUUCCCCUGCUCGCCUCUACCAUCCUGGCAGCAUCCCUGAGCCCCUUCCCCUGCUGUCCUCUUGGCAGCAUCCCUGAGCUGCCAGAACCAGGGUACCACUAGGCAUCCCUCAUUGUCUGCCUCUCCUUCUCUACAUCCCAAUUCCUUGCUCUCUGAAUCCUCUCCCAUUGCCCCCCUCGUCCCCCCACCCCUCUUUAUCCUUUCUCUGUCUCUCCAUCACUCCCCCCUCUCCUCUGUGCCUCCCCCCUCCCCCUCUCUUUCUGCCACAUCUCUCCUCCUGCCGCAAUGGUACAUGUUUUAGCGGCGGGCAGCCUUUUCUUCCCAGGUCUGUUUCUCCUUUCCAAGGCAGGACUGCGGAGGCUGCAGCUUUUCCGUGGCGAGGAAUCUAACACCAUCAUAGUGUCUGCCAGGUAGGUAUUGGCAAUGCCAGGCUGCCCUCUCUGCCAUCCCUGCAGGGCACAGGAUGAGCUGCUGCAAGGACAGGACAAUGGCAUGGAAUUAGAGGGAGGGGUGUCUGGAGGGCACGCUGGGGGCAGAGGGAUAAUGGAGAGUUUAAGGAUGGUGUGACAUUGUACAGAGGGCACAGGGUCAUUUAACGUUCAUAUCAGUGAAUAUACACAAAUUAUAGAAAUGUCUGUUCACCCACCCAGUUCAUAUUAGCCCAUUAACAUUGUGUGUGCAUGUAUGUCAUUGUACGCCUGUAUAUCUGUGUAUAUUAGCCUACUGCAUUAACAUUGUAUGUGUGCAUGCCAUUCACCAUCAGUGCACAUUGUGUGUAUGUAUGUCAUUGUAUGCCUGUAUACCUGUGUAUAUGCAUCAGUUCAUAUUAGCCCAUUAACAUUGUGUGUGUGCAUGUAUGUCAUUGUACGCCUGUAUAUCUGUGUAUAUUAGCCUACUGCAUUAACAUUGUAUGUGUGCAUGCCAUUCACCAUCAGUGCACAUUGUGUGUAUGUAUGUCAUUGUAUGCCUGUAUACCUGUGUAUAUGCAUCAGUUCAUAUUAGCCCAUUAACAUUGUGUGUGUGCAUGUAUGUCAUUGUACGCCUGUAUAUCUGUGUAUAUUAGCCUACUGCAUUAACAUUGUAUGUGUGCAUGCCAUUCACCAUCAGUGCACAUUGUGUGUAUGUAUGUCAUUGUAUGCCUGUAUACCUGUGUAUAUGCAUCAGUUCAUAUUAGCCCAUUAACAUUGUGUGUGUGCAUGUAUGUCAUUGUACGCCUGUUUAUCUGUGUAUAUUAGCCUACUGCAUUAACAUUGUAUGUGUGCAUGCCAUUCACCAUCAGUGCACAUUGUGUGUAUGUAUGUCAUUGUACGCCUGUAUACCUGUGUAUAUGCAUCAGCUGCACAUUAUUUGUCUGUAAUUCUAAAAUUGUCUUCGCUUCAAGGUUUGUCAUCCUUGUACACCUGAUAAUGGUGUCAGUGUAGGAAUGUAGGCCAGCCCAGAUAUAUCUCAGAUGGUAGUAUUGUAUCGGCAUAUGAAUAUAAGCUGGUCAAUGUGUCUUUGAUAAAUGUACCAGUGUAGGAAUCUCUAUGAGCAUUGUUAGCCAGUCCAUAUAAGUUUGAUAGUUGUAUCAGUGUAGGAAUAUAGACUAAUCCAUGUAUACAUGGUUAUUGUAUCAGUGUAACUAUAUGGGCUAGUCUUUCUAUUGUUGAUAAUAAAUGUAGGACAGUCCACGGAUCUUUGAUAAUUGCAUCAAUGUGGGAAUGUAGGCCAGUCCCUGCAUGUUUGACAAUUGUAUGAGCAUGGAAACGUAGGCCAGUCUCUAAAUGCUUGAUAAUUGUAUCAGUGCAGGAAUGUAGACUGGUCCAUGUAUGUUUCAUAAUUGAAUAAUUGUAAGAAUUGAGGUUCAUGCAUUUUCGGUAACUACAUCAGUGUAGGAAUGUAUGUUGAUCCAUAUAUGUUUGAUAACUGUAUCAACAUAUGAAAGUUGGCAUAUCUUUGUAUCUCUGAUAAUUGUAUCAGUGAAUAAUCUAAUCCAUUUUUGAAUGUGGAUGAUUUUUAAGUCAGAGAUAAUGGUAUCAGUGUAGAACUGAAGACAUGUUCUCAUGUUUCUGAUAACUGUAUCCAAUUAUGAAAUGUGGACCAGUGCAUUUAUAUCUCAUAUAUAUUCUCAUAUAAUUGUAUCAUUUAGGAAUGUAGGCCAGUCCAUGUAAUUCUCUUAUAAUUGUAGCAGGGUGCUAGUCCAUGUAUAUAUUAUAUAAUUAUAAUUAUUGGUUUAGGAAUGUAGGCCAUAUCAUUUUAUCAGUUAAGGAAUAUAGGUUAUAUAAUUUGUAUGAUUGUAUUAGUGAGAUCGAUAAUCAUAUCAAUGGGCUAGUCCAUGUAUAUCUCCAGUAAUUGUAUCAGUGAAGGAAUGUAUGCCAGUCUAUAUAUAGAUAUAUUUUAUAAUUAUAUGAAUGAAUGUCAUUUAUCUUGUCUCUGAAAGUAGAAGGAGUUUAGGAAUGCAGGCUACUUCCCAUGAUUGUGGUAACUGUAUGAGUGUAGGAAUAAAGGCCAGUUCUCAUGACAGUGGUUAUUGUAUAAAUGUAAGAAUGAAGGCCAUUUCUCGUGACUAUGAUACUUGUAUGAGUGUAAGAGUUGUCUGUGAUAAUUUGUUAUAAUUGUAUGAGUGUAAGAAUUGUCUGUGACAGCUGUUUGAGUGUAAGAAUGAAGGCCAGUUCUAAUGACUGUGGUCGUUUAUCAGUGUAUGAAUGCAGGUUGCUAUACAUGCUGAUGUUUGUAGUUUGUGUACAAGUCCAGUCACAGUAUACCCUGGUUUUGUCAUGACAUCAUUUAACCGAAGUUGAAAAAUAGCCAGAGAAAUGGAUUAUCCUGUAUGGAAGAGAAUCUCGGAGAAUGGACACAUACUCCUGUCUAAUUAUCUAUGCCAUGAUGCAAGGAAACUAGUAUGGUAGCCAAUUAAUCCCAUUAACCAGACACUCCAAGAGUUUACCCGGGGAAGUGUGCCUCUAGUGGAAUUUUACAGGCAUUACAUCUGGCUUGGAAUUGCCCACUGUAGGGAUGGCCCUAUGGCUUUUUCUCUAUGGUUUUCUUUAUCCUUAAUCUCCCUGAGUAUCAAGGAGGAAUCUAGACUUCUGUCCCACCAACUGGGAGUAUGGCUGAGAAACAGUAUAGACACCCAUAGCUCCCGUGUGUGAAUGUUCAGAGUAUGAGUGGAUGUGUAGUGUGAGUGGACAUGGAGUAUGUGUGGAUGUGUAGAGUGAGUGGACAUGGUGUAUGUGUGGUGUGAGUGGACAUUGAGUAUGAGUGGAUGUGUAGUGUGAGUGGACAUGGAGUAUGAGUGGAUGUGUAGUGUAGGUGGGCAUGGAGUAUGAGUAGAUUUGUAGUGUGAGUGGACAUGGAGUAUGAGUAGAUGUGUAGUGUGAGUGGACAUGGAGUAUGAGUGGAAGUGUAGUGUGAGUGGACAUGGAGUAUGAGUGGAUGUGUAGUGUGAGUGGACAUGGAGUAUGAGUGGAUGUGUAGUGUGGGUGGGCAUGGAGUAUGAGUGGAUGUGUAGUGUGAGUGGACAUGGAGUAUGAGUGGAUGUGCAGUGUGAGUGGGCAUGGAGUAUGAGUGGAUGUGUAGUGUGAGUGGGCAUGGAGUAUGAGUAGAUUUGUAGUAUGAGCGGAUGAGCGGGCAUGGAAUAUGAGUAGAUUUGUAGUGUGAGUGGGCAUGGAGUAUGAGUAGAUGUGUAGUGUGAGCGGGCAUGGAAUAUGAGUAGAUGUGUAGUGUGAGCGGACAUGGAGUAUGAGUGGAUGUGUAGUGUGAGCGGACAUGGAGUAUGAGUGGAUGUGUAGUGUGAGCGGACAUGGAGUAUGAGUAGAUGUGUAGUGUGAGCGGGCAUGGAGUAUGAGUGGAUGUGUAGUGUGAGUGGACAUGGAGUAUGAGUGGAUGUGUAGUGUGAGUGGACAUAGAGUAUGAGUAUAUGUGUAGUGUGAGUGGACAUGGAGUAUGAGUGGAUGUGUAGUGUGAGUGGACAUAGAGUAUGAGUGGAUGUGUAGUGUUAGUGGGCAUGGAGUAUGAGUAGAUGUGUAGUGUGAGUGGGCAUGGAGUAUGAGUGGAUGUGUAGUGUGAGUGGACAUGGAGUAUGAGUGGAUGUGUAGUGUGAGUGGACAUGGAGUAUGAAUGGAUGUGUAGUGUGGGUGGGCAUGGAGUAUGAGUGGAUGUGUAGUAUGAGUGGAUGUGUAGUGUGAGUGGACAUGGAGUAUGAGUGGAUGUGUAGUGUGGGUGGACAUGGAGUAUGAGUGGAUGUGUAGUGUGGGUGGGCAUGGAGUAUGAGUGGAUGUGUAGUGUGAGUGGGCAUGGAGUAUGAGUAGAUGUGUAGUGUGAGUGGACAUGGAGUAUGAGUGGAUGUGUAGUGUGAGUGGGCAUGGAGUAUGAGUGGAUGUGUAGUGUGGGUGGACAUGGAGUAUGAGUGGAUGUGUAGUGUGAGUGGACAUGGAGUAUGAGUGGAUGUGCAGUGUGGGUGGACAUGGAGUAUGAGUGGAUGUGUAGUGUGAGUGGACAUGGAGUAUGAGUGGAUGUCUAGUGUGAGUGGACAUGGAGUAUGAGUGGAUGUGUAGUGUGAGUGGGCAUGGAGUAUGAGUGGAUGUGUAGUGUGAGUGGACAUGGAGUAUGAGUGGAUGUGUAGUGUGAGUGGAAUAUGAGGAUCCUGGGUCUGGCAGAUAGCUAUAUAUAUAAACCUUAGUGUUCAGGUGUAAAAUAUUUCUUUAAAUGUGAAAAGCUGCACCUGUAACAGCAUUAGUUCAGGUAUUUCUGGUAAAUACUGUCAGGGAAUGAAUUAUUCUCUAUGUAGCACAGUUCACCCUCCGUCGUCAUAUUUCAUGUUUUAUGACCCAUUUUAGAAACACCUUAGAUUUCAAAUUAAAAAAAGAGCAGCCAAACAGGAGAAGAAAGGGAAAACAUUUAACAAAACAAAUUCUGUUCACCCGUACAAAUAUUUUGGGCGCAAUGAUGAAGGCGAAACUUGGAAUGUCACCCCGCAUGAGAGGAUUGUCUUUAAAUGGCGAGAGAAUCCAUUGUUUUUGAUAAACAGCUUAGUUUGACAAAAAUUGGGAAGACUGCACACACAGGGUCCUUGCACCAUAACCACUACAAUCAGUAGUAAUAAAACAAUAUGGAGUAUUUUAUAGUUCUUGGAAUGUCCCUUUAAAACGAUCUCCUGCUCUGUUAUUUGAACUUUAAUCACUCACAGAAGGCUCCUGCCGGCUCUUACAGAGCAGGAGAUAAUACAUUCUAAACUAAAGACUGUGAAAUAAAUAUUAGAUCUCUCUUUACAGGAAGUGUUUAGGAAGGCUAUGUAAGUCACAUGAUGGGAGGUGUGACUAGGGCUGUAUAAACAAAGUGAUUUAACUCCUAAAUGGCCGAGAAUUGAGCAGUGAGACUGCAGGGGCAUUAUUAUUGUUAUUGGAAUUUUUAUAGCACCCACAAAUUCUACAGCACUUUAUAAUAUUAUUAACGGAACUAUUCCAACAAAUAAGACAAACUAUUACAGAUUUUGACAUGAAUGAUCGUUUGAAGAGGACCUUGCUCAAAUGAGCUUACAAUCUAGAGGGGCGUGAUCUGUACCCCAAAAAUACUUAAUUAAGCGGAAGUUGUUUUGGUGCUUAGUGUGCCUUAAAGGACCACUAUAGGCACCCAGGCCACUUCAGUUUAAUAAAGUGGUCUGGGUGCCAGGUCCAUCUAGGAUUAACCCUUUCUGCUGUAAACAUAGCAGAGAAACUGCUAUGUUUACCUUAGGGUUAAUCCAGCCUCUAGUGUCUGUCUCAUUGACAGCUGCUAGAGGCACUUCCGUGCUUCUCACUGUGAAGAGGCUUGCGUCCAUAGGAAAGCAUUGUGAAUGGACUGGCUGAAUGCGCGCGUGGCUCUUGCCGCGCAUGCGCAUUCAGCCGAUGACGGGGAAAGGAGGCGGAGAGUCCACACCGCCGAGGCAGCCCGGCGCUGGAGAAAGGCAAGUGAUUUAACCCCUUCCUCACUCUAGAGCCUGGCGGGAGGGGGAUCCUAAGGGUAGAGGAGACCUAGAGACCCUAUAGUGCCAGGAAUACGAGUAUGUUUUCCUGGCAUUAUAGUGGUCCUUUAACAUUAAUUUAAACCACUGGACAUUUUUAUCUACUUGUCACUGACAGUCAAAAUCUCUUUCACAUGGGAGGAAUCAAGUCUGAAUAAUUUUGUGCUAAAUAAGUAAUAUAAAGUGAUAUUUUGUUCUGUUGAUGUAUUACUUUCAUAAACUGUUUUUACCGGUGGCUGGCUGUGGUUGAUUGUGGGACUGAGACUAUAUAUUACAUACCAUAUAAAAAGCUAUGGCUGUCACACAUUACAUAGUAUUGUGUGUUUACAAGACUGCCUGGAAUAAGGUGGGCACAUCCUGGGGCCAUACUAUAAGCACUGAUCUGCAAAAUUCUUACACAGACUGGACACCCAGAGCACGUCAUCUCACCGAGCAGGUCUGGGUGCAGUGGUCUUGUCAUUUUAACCCCCUCAUGUAAAACAAUGCAGUGUUUUAGAGACUGCAAUAUUUACAUGUACAAUAUUUAAAUCCACUGGUAGUGGCUGCCAUACUGACAGAGUAAAACUCCGUCACGUGACGUGGAGGCCUGUAGAAAUGACUGAAAACAAUGCUUUCUUAUGGGGACUAUGGGGAAGCUUGGAUGCGCACACGCCACUCACUGCGCAUGUGCGUCAGGUCCCCAAUGCUCCUCUAGGAUUUGCCCAUUAUGGAGGAAGCCAUGCCUCCUGGAUGGCCUCACGGAUUGUGAAGUGGUGAGUAGUAGCAAGGGAGCCUCGGCACUGGAAAAUUUUUAGUAAAUCUUUAAUUUUAUGAAUUAUACAUGCAAAUUGGAGGUAAGACCUGUAUAUGCCUAGAGACAGGGCCAUGAUAGGGUUAUAAAUACAGGUGUAUAGUCCUAACGCUAUAAUGUUCCUUUAAUAACGAGGCAAGUCAUGUAGCCCAUUGUAGGCUGUUAAAGUGGUAGCCCACACGGCCUUUACUGUUUACAGACUGGAUAAAGGUUUGAAGAUCAGAGCAGUGGAAUAACUCCUCUUUUCCCCCCUCUGCCCCUCUGAUACCCCCCAACCCCUCCUUUCUCCAUUCCCUUCUUUGAUUACAGAUUGGUGUCCUCCAUACAAGCUGUCUUGGCCUCCACAGCAGGAUACAUUGUAGCCACUUCUUGCAAGGAUGUCAUUGAGGAUCGGUAAGUGUGACUUGGUGGCACAUCCGGACUUUGAGUUUCAAGUUCAGGAGGCAGACAGCGGGUAAGACAGCUUGUCGCCUGCCUGAGUGUGAGUGAAACAUAAGGAGCCAUUAAACAUUUAUAUCAUCUGAUGUUCCUGGGAGGGAAGGUGUUGUAGCAAGGUGUGUGGAGUUUACUGGAGUAGCAGGGAGCAGCGAGAGUCACAACUGAAAGGCAUGUGGGUGAGUUUGUGUGCUGACUUGGCUGGCAAGUGGAUGACUCGUGUGUGUUCUCAAUACAGGGGUAUCAAUAUUAUGGGGUAUUUAAAUUCUGAUUAAUAACGCUUAUGCGGUAUUAGAAUUCGAGGUGCUUGAUGCUGUGGGGUAUUAGAAUUCUAGGUUCUUGAUGCUGUGGGGUAUUUAAAAGUACUGGAGCAUUCAAGUAUUAGAAUUCUGGAUUUUACCAGGAUUUGUAAUAUUUGAGUUACUGCCAGUACUACAUUUAACAAUAUUUGUUGUGAAAUCUGAAAAAUAAAUUAAAUGUAGGAAUCCACACCACUGUAUUUACCACCAUCCUGGGACUGGGCUCCUCCAUUUUAGUUUCUUGUUAUAAAUUAUUUUUUUAAUUGCACCUGUCAGUCAGCAUACAUGUACCCUGACUGUGUCAGAACUAGAGCUGAUCAUUUUUGUUCAGGUUCAUCUCAUUGGAAGGUCCUCUCGCAUGGACCUGUCUUUCUUCAGUCUAAUUCUAUCCAAUCCUUGCUCAUAGAUCACAAGAUCAAUCAACUAAUCUGUGUAGCAUAGUCAAAUAAUAGGUCCCAACCUUCUAAGCUAAAGAAUGUCCUACUAAUGACAGUUCAUUAAGGGAAGUGUCCAAAGGUAACCACACACCAUGAUAUCCUAACAGAUCCUUCCUCUGGAACAGGAGCCAACUAGCUCAUUCUUUACCUGUAUCUGCCCAAACUCAGGUAGGGUAGAGAUCUGCUUGCAAACAUGGCAUUGUAGCUAUGGCAUCUUCUUGGAGUCUACCUUUUGCUGAUCCAAUUUAAACAUUCUUCUAAAGAUCUAAAACCAUGGGGAUGAAAUGCCUCCUGCUUCCAAAUGACCUAUUUUUAUUAUAAUAAAUGCCUUACAUGUUCCAUGUAAGCAAGCUGGGGGUGUAAGAGACAUUGUUGGCCAAGCAAUGAAUCACAUUAAGUGUCUCGUCAAUUCAUUUUGUUUCACAUUAAGAAGCCAUUUAUCUGGUGCUGCCAACGUUGAUUCCUUCACUCAUUACGGAUGUCUUCAUUACUGUAACUUUAUCCCAUUCCACAUGUAGCCAUAAUGAUUACCCAUGGUUAAUUAGCUAAUUCUCAAUCCCCUCCAGCUACCCACAAUGCAAAUACCUCAUCAACCCAAUCUAAAAGUCUACAAAAUAUUCUGCACUCCCUUACCGGACCCCCAGCUCCAAUCAGGUCACUCAAACACAUUAAUUAUGGCUUCAGCAAUAUUUGUAAACUGCAGGUGCUGUAAUUAGGCCCUUAAUACCUGAGCAAUACUGUGCUGACUUGGCACUGAUUCUAUACCUACUUCUGUGCCAAGUUUAGCCACCAUCAGAUGACUUGUACUGAGAACAUCUUGUGCCCGAGUUCUUUAUGUCAUUCUCUAAAUUGAUUUAUAGUGCCAGUGCUGGGAUGCCCAAAAUGUUCUCAUCAACCUGAUGCUGAGCAUAAACGUCUCAGAAAAUCCAAAGUGUUUCUACCUGCUUCUCUCUAAAACCCAGCGCUUGUUCCCAGCAGAAUUACAAACUUCCUGCUGCCGUGACAGCAUUUCUCUGGGGCCUUCCCUAAUUCUAUUAACCUGCCACGUAAUUCCCAGAGUGGGACACAAACAGUUCCCCAUGAUCCUCUAUUCUGUGUGUAUCGUGAAUCUGGAGCUGCCAAGACAUUGGUGACUACAAUUCCCAGCAUAUCUGUGACAAUGCCAUAAUACCACCACGGUGGUACCGCUAACAUCGGCACGCUGAAUGUAUCAGAGGCAUUGCCAUGGCCUCUGAUACAUAUGAAUAUAUGAAAAGGGCAUGUUUUUGUCACGGUUAAUAUAUAUUUUGCAAACGUUGCAGCUAACAAACACUAAUCAGAACAGAUUUAUUAUUUUAAUCUGAGAUUAGAAAUACCAUAUUAGGUCCAUGAUUUUUAUUUUUUAUUUCCCUCUCAGAUAUAAUUUCACCUGUGGCAUUUCUCAGAUUCUUUGUCAGAGACAUUUUCCCACCAUUCUGUGUCACUUUUUCAGGCAGCAGAUUUCACGUUUUGUUUACUCCAUGGUAGGAAGAUCAGCUCAAUCCCCCGUGUACAGCGAUUCCUGAUAUACAGAGUAACGAUUCUGAAAUUCCCUUUCAUUUACAGACUCAGAUACAGAUUUAUAUACAACCACCACAACCAUCACAAAUAGUGUGGCGCUACUUUAAAAAAAAAAAACAUACACAUGCAAGUGCAGUUUAUAAAAUACUUCUAAAUCCAGUAGGAAAAAUGUGUUUCCCAAAACGAUUUAAGCGGUAUGCAAAUAGCAUUAUACAUUCACAAUUUUAUUGUACAAAAAGUAUUAAAAACCUUACGUCAACAGUUGUACGUAUUAAAGGAUCACUAUAGGGUCAGGAACACAAACAUGUAUUCCUGACCCUAUAGUGUUAAAACCACCAUCUAGCCCCCCUGGGCCCCUCAUGCCUCCAUAAAUAUAGCAAAAUCUUACUGUAUUCAAGCCAGAAGCUGUAGCUCUGCAUGCUGUUUGCCUCAUAAAAACAAGCAGUCUGCUGACAUCGUCAGAAGUGGUAGCCUGAUCCAAUCACAAUGCUUCCUCAUAGGAUUGGCUGAGACUGACAAGGAGGCAGAUUGGGGCAGAACCAGCAUGAUUCAAACACAGCCCUGGCCAAUCAGCAUCUGCUCAUAGAGAUGAAUUGAAUCAAUGAAUCUCUAUGAGGAAAGUUCAGUGUCUGCAUGCAGAGGGAGGAGAUACUGAAUGAUUGGAUGCAUUUUAGGCAGCCAUGACCCAGGAAGGAUCUCUUAACAGCCAUCUAAGGAGUGGCCAGUGAAGUUAUCACUAGGCUGCAAUGUAAACACUGCAUUUUCUCUGAAAAGACUGUGUUUACAGCAAAAAGCUUGAAGGUAAUGCUUCUACUCACCAGAACAAAUUCAAUAAGCUGUAGUUGUUCUGGUGACUAUAGUGUCCCUUUAAGCCUAUAAAUCUCACUUAAAAGGCUGCAUACAACAGUAGAUGUUGGCCAUGUGCAGGACUUAGCUCAUUGACUGAGAGCAUCACCUGAUUCCUUACAAUGGGGAGCUCUAGGGCAAUCCUCGCACCAUAACCACAACAAUCCCUGCGCAGCCAGCACUGGCUUUUACCAAUUUUAUGCUUCUCAUAGAGCAGGAUUAGACAUGUAAGGUGUCAUGAAAAUUGAAAAUUGAAGAUCUGAAAGAGAAGGUGCCCCUAGUGGCUAAUUUAAGGUUUAGGGAAAAUGUACACAUUGCCAUUGCAUUGAAACAGCAAUGUUUUACAUUAUCAAAUAAAGGGACUGAAUAUACGCACCAAAACAACUUCAGAAACAUGAAGCGGUCUUGGUGCACAGAGUGUCCCUCUAACAUAUUAUGCCAAUAUAAUCCGUAGCACUUCACAGUUAUAUUGUGAGUUCAACAAGUCAUUAACAAACAAAAUAUUGUCAAGAGAAUCAGGAGGUGAAGAUGGUCUUGCUCACAAGAGCUUACACUCUAGAUCUGGGUUGCAUAGGUUGUAUGCAAAGCAUAUUUGGCCCCUUUCCCAGUGAAAGGGUUAAUCAUAAAUCAUUCUGUGCAAGGUUAUCGUUCCUCCAUCUUGUAAUCUGUGUUAUUUGUAAGAAUUAAUACAUUUAAAAGAUUACUAGGCCCAGUGAGCACACCCCCAGCAGAUGGAGCUUAAAUCGGAAUGCAGAGGAGAGAUUAACCCCUGCGGACAUCUGUCUAAUUGGCAGGUUUUGCAGCUAUCCAUUCAUUUCCAGGUACAAAUCCACCCAGUAAAAUAGACAACGAUAUAGGGUGCACCAAAGGACAAUAUGACGGGGAAAUAAAGCAUUAAAAGGGUAUAAGAAAUACAGGUAUGCUAAGACAGUGGCAGCCGUAAAAUAAUAAAGUCUUAAUAAUAGAGAUAAGAAAAAGUCUCUAGAAGCCUGGGUAGGUUUUUUUCCUUCUUCGGACUUCAUAUUUAUCGGGAUGCUCAGGGUCCACAGGUUUAUAUAAAAGGGAGAAAAAUAAAACUCCAAUAGUGUAAUAAAUCCAAAGUAAAGUGCACAAUUAUAGAAGACUUCCAGAUUUUCUACUCACAUAUCAUAGAGCUUUAAUCAGCUCUCGUGUGAUGCGCAUGCAGUGGUUUUAAUCCCCACUUAUAGGAUAUCAAUGGAAGGUACAGUCAGCAGAUGUCAAAUCCACCGAGUGCUACGCAUGUCCAGCUUCAAGCAGGGGAGGGGUUAAUGAAGUCAGCGUUAAUAGAUCGGACAUUUACCGCGGCAAGGUCCAUAACAUGGCGUAUGCUAUAGGAAACAUUAGAAAGUUGGUACACUAUGAAUUCUAUUAGACCGUCUUUUAAGACAUGUCAAGGGUUAAUGGGCCCGUGAUGAUCUAUUGGCAUGGGAAAGGUUAACAGGAGGAAAAUGCAAUUUAUGGCAUGUGAAGAGUUAAUGAACAUAUAAUAGGUUUAAUGUGUAUAGUGAUAAUAAAUGUGUGUAGAGGGUUAAUAGAUGGAUAUUGUGAUUCUGGAAUGGGAAGGGUUAAUAGAUUGCUGCAGGUUUAUCUGUCUGGAGUGAGACUGUUAAAUGCACUCCACAGAAAGAUACAUUCCGAUAUUGAUAAGUGAAAUGUUUUUGGCAACAGAGAGGUUAAUGGUAAGAUGUGCUUCAGCGCAAGAAAAUUAACCCCUCUCUCUCUCUUUCAUCCCACUACCUCUCCUCCUCAACACUGAUCCUUCCCAUCUCGCUGACUCUCUCUAAUCACUCCCUCUCUUUUUAUAACCUUGUUCUCUGUCUCCCCAAUUUGCUGUCUUUACCCCAUUACUGUCUUUCCCCAUUACUGUUUCCCCAAUUCUGUCUUUCCCCAUUACUGUCUCCCCAAUUCUUUGUCUUUCCCCCAUUACUGUCUCCCCAAAUUCUCUGUCUUUCCCCAUUACUGUCUCCCCAAUUCUGUCUUUCCCCCAUUACUGUCUCCCCAAUUCUUUGUCUUUCCCCCAUUACUGUCUCCCCAAUUCUGUCUUUCCCCCAUUACUGUCUCCCCAAAUUCUCUGUCUUUCCCCAUUACUGUCUCCCCAAAUUCUCUGUCUUUCCCCAUUACUGUCUCCCCAAAUUCUCUGUCUUUCUCCAUUACCGUCUCUCCCCAUUACUCCCUUGAUCCCCCAUUCCCACUCCCCCCCAUGUCUCUUUCUGGGUUUCUGUCCUUAGGCACUGGCUCGCUGCCACUUACACACGCUUUGCUGUUCCAUACUUUAUCUAUGAUGUGUACGCCAUGUACCUGUGCUAUUGGCAUAAACACAAGGUGAAAGACCACGCCAGCGGCUGGCAGCUCACCAGGGCCUAUCUGCGCAAGGAGUUUCUAAUGGUCCUUCAUCACGUCUUCAUGGUGGCCGUCUGCUUCCCUGUGUCUGUGGUAAGCCAGACCCACUAGAUAGCCACAUACACCGACUUACAGUAUGUUUAAUGAGGACAGUCCAUGGAAAGUGGCCAAAUGACAGUGACAUGUUUAAUGCAUUAAAAUGACCCAGGACUCACAGUAAAAACAGUUUCCUGGCCAGAAUCCAGGAUCAGUGUGAUGUAAAUAUUCGGUGAGAUUUCCAUCUCUGCCUCCUCCCUAGGCCAGUCUCAGUCCUGUAUUUUAAUGCGUUGGUUCAUGGUGGAUGCAGUGGGAUUCUAAGUUCUUCUGCAAGAUGCAGAGAGAUUGAAUGAAGCGCCAGGAAUGAAAUUUGUUUCUGUGUUGGGUGAAGGCCAGUACCGGAUUGGAAGCCAACACACGUGCACUUUGUUUUACUCGAUUUAUUAAUCUUGUAUUGCUCUGCAAUCAAUGGCGGAUCCAGGGGGGCAACGGGCAAUUGCCCCCCUGAGAUUCUCCCUAGUGUCCAAGUACACACACUACACACACUGACCCAAACGCUGCCCCACAAACACUAGCCCCAUACACACACUACACACACCCCCACAACACUGCCUAUACCCACAAACACUGCCCCCAUACACACACUACACACACUGACCCACAAACACUGCCCCCAUACACACACUACACACCCUGACCAACAAACACUGCCCCCCAUACACACACUACACACACUGCCCCCCAUACACACACUACACACACUGACCCACAGACACUGCCCCCCAUACGCACACUACACACAUUGCCCUACAAACACUGCCCCCAUACAUACACUACACACACUGCCUACACACACUGCCCCACAAACACUACCCCCAUACACACACUACACACACACUUCCCUACAAACACUGCCCCCCAUAAACACACUACACACACUGCCCUACAAACACUGCCCCCAUACACACACUGACCCACAAACACUGCCCUACAAACACUGCCCCCGUACACACACUACACACACGCCCUACAAACACUGCCCCCAUACACACACUACACACACUGACCCACAAACACUGCCAUACACACACUGUCCCAAACACACACACUGCCACCCUCACAUACACACUGCACCGCUCACACACACACAAACACUGCAGCUCUCUCACACACACACUGCCCCACAAAUACACUGCAACUCUGACAUACACUGCCGCCCUCACGCACUCGCACACACACUUCACCGCUCACACACACACACUGCACCUUUCACACACUUCACCCCUAACACAUACCACUGCUCCUAUGCCCUAUAUCCCAGCAGACCCCAGGUAACACACGGCUCCUAUGCUCCACACUGCUCCUAUGCCCUAUAUCCCAGCAGACCCCAGGUAAGUUGUCAAACUGUUCUUAAACGGUUUGACUACUUACUCUGGGAUGGGAUCUUGGCACUACUGGCACCAUAACUACUACACUGAGCUGUAGUGGUUAUUGUGCCUGGAUUAUUUCCUUAAAUAAUCUACAAGAUUACUCCCGAGAUCAGGCUCUGGAUCCGCCACUGUCUGCAAUGCCACAAUAAUUUCAUCCCUUGUAAGCACGGGGCUGGUAGAGAACAGGUUAAUGGAGCAAUAAAUAGGUGGUUCGAUCUAAUGACAGUUAGAAACAUAGAAUGUGACGGCAGAUAAAAAACAUUCAGCCCAUCUAGUCUGCUCAGUAGACAGUUACCCGGAUACCUGUAUAGAAGACCCAUCACACGAGAUAUUCCCAGACUAGCUAGGUAAAAGCUGGCUAUUAUUUGUGCUAUUCAUUUCUUUAACAAUCUCACUGUUUUUGUUACAUAUCGUACUGGGCACGCCGCGUAGGGCGUGUAUUUCAGUUUAGCCCCUGCAGUGCUACACGCGAUACCUAAGGUGCACCCAAGCUCACAUCUUAUCAUACAGCAUUCAUUUUACAUUCCCAAGUUGGUGUGUGCAUGCUUGGGGCAUCAUGGUGAAUUUCACCCACCCAAGCUGUAAUGUUACCUCCUCCACAGGGAUGGGUGCUUUGGACCAGUUACUGCCUGUCUCCAUAUGUUUCUCUUACCAUCAGAUAGUAGUCCAGCUCUUUGUAACUUUUAGCAGUCAGUUACCUGGUUGCUGUGUUCUGAGACUCGUCCAUGUUCUUAGACUCGUCCGUGCUCUGAGUCCUGUCCAUGCUCUGAGGCUCGUCAGUAUUCUGAGGCCUGUCCGUGUUCUGAGUUUCGUUUGUGUUCUGAGGCCUGUCUGUGUUCUGAGGCCUGUCUGUGUUCUGAGGCCUGUCCGUGUUCUGAGGUUCGUUUGUGUUCUGAGGCCUGUCCGUGUUCUGAGGCCUGUCCGUGUUCUGAGGCUCGUCUGUGUUCUCAAGGCUUGACCAUGUUCUGAGGUUCGUUUGUGUUCUGAGGCCUGUCCGUGUUCUGAGGUUCGUUUGUGUUCUGAGGCCUGUCCGUGUUCUGAGGCUCGUCUGUGUUCUGAGGCCUGUCCGUGUUCUGAGGCUCGUCUGUGUUCUCAAGGCUUGACCAUGUUCUGAGGCUCGUUUUUGUUCUGAGGCCUGUCUGUGUUCUGAGGUUUGUUUUUGCUCUGAGGCCUGUCCGUGUUCUGAGGCUCGUCUGUGUUCUGAGGCUUAUCUGUGUUCUCAAGGCUUGACCAUGUUCUGAGGUUCGUUUUUGUUCUGAGGCCUGUCUGUGUUCUGAGGCAUGUUCGUGUUCUGAGGCCUGUCUGUGUUCUGAGACCUGUCCGUGUUCUGAGGCCUGUUUGUGUUCUGAGGAUCGUCUGUGGUUAACAUCUGGUGAUAAACCCUGUGAUAUUAUGCUGAUAUCCCUCUCUCAACAUGGUGAUCUUUCAUAGUAUUUUACCUACAUCCUAGACAAUUUCUCUUUAGAUAUUUUUUUUCGUAAAAAAGGACAUUUGUCUUCACUAACAUAAGUAUUCUUCAUCCCCUGCAGUAUUUGUCUGUGAUCUUUCAGGUCCUUUUUAUUGUCACUGUAGGGGCUGUGUAUAGAAAGGUCUGUAAUUCCAGUUUAUAGAUUUCAUAGUCCGCAUGCUAUCCUCAGGAAUGUGGAGUAAAACAUUAGAACGUGUGCUUCUGUCCAGGCACUCCUAUCAAACAACUAACAAAGUUGAUCAGAGCCGCCAUCUUGAUUUUUUCAUUUUAAUCGGAUUCCAGCUGAGUUAACUGGGCUGUUAUCACAGCUGGGAAUAAGCUAGCUAUUCUUUAUCGACAUAAUACUGUUUUCUGAGGAGGUUGUUUUAGUAUAGAUUCCAGGCGCUUUAAUUGACAUUACGAACAAUCAUUUCUACAAAGACUGAGAGUUACAGCAUUAUAGGGGGACAUUAAGGACUCGUUUUGAUUUAAGUAUAAAUGAACAAUUAUUCAUGUUGUGCAUUAUAUAUUAAGCUGUGUAUUUGUAACAAAUAUCAUUUUAUAUUAGUAAAUCAAAACUCUGACAACUGCCUCCAUGAAAGGCACAGACAGGGCUUUUUAUGCAAAUUAACAUAGUGUUCCCAUCAUCCUCUUGCACAAAUAUUGGGAUAAUAAGUUUGGGGAAGACGAAUUAACUUGUAUGACAUUUCCCCAGCAGUAAGUUCUCGGUAGGCAGAUGUGAUGUCAGAGUUUGGUUUUAUUAUUCGAAUGAAUGAAGGUGAGUGAAUGUGUUUUCACUUUUCAUUUCUCUUGCAGCUCUGGAGAGAAGGGAAGGGAGAUUUCUUUUUGGGCUGCAUGCUGAUGGCCGAGGUCAGCACACCUUUCGUCUGUCUGGGCAAGGUCCUCAUCCAGGUGAGAUUAACUUCUCUUCAAUGUCUUAGUCUGAAAACAUCACAAAUAGCAGGAAAAUGUGGCCCAGUUCCUGUUUUGCCAUUAAUCUGUCUGACCAUACGGGGGUUCACAUAUUUAGACUAUUUAUCAGUAACGCCUCUCUGGGUAAAAAACCUGUGUCCCCUUGGAAGAGGGGGCUUUAUUGUGUUUGUGUUUUUAAAAAACAGGGUUAACUGAACUGGGGAAAAUAAUUACAGAAUUGAGGUCACCAUAGCUAUAGCAGCGAGAUUUUACCAAAUUCAGUGUUGUUUAUUAAAACAUGAUUAUAUAUCUGAAAAAUUCUUCAACUUCACUAACAUUUUGGCUGGAAAUUUCAGUUCAGUAAUGGUGUUUUCUGAGUUCAUUGAAUGCACUUUAACCAGAUAGAGAACGUGUGAAAUCUCCCUUUAUAAACAUGCGGCCCCUGCACCUUACGCCCCUCUCCUGGUAUUGGAUUUAGCCCAGGGAUCAGGGGGUACCUCCUGGGGGAGUUAAUAGGUUGGGGGUACAGAAACUUUUCCUUAUGUCUCUCUCAUUGAUUUCUCUGUCUCACCCAAUCCAACACUCUAUCCCUCCACAAAUCUGCCUUGUUCUCCUUGAACUCAUUCCUCAUCACCAACCAAAUCUAUCCCUUACUCCAUGUCACCCUCCUAAUGUACCCCUCACUCUUACUAACCCUUCCAAUCUACAACUGGUUCCUGUGUCAAUCAUAUCUACACCUCACACUCCAACUGACUGUCCUGCUCCCAAUCGCUUCCUUUAUUCUGUGAACCUAAAACUGUGUAAACAUGGACCUCACACACUGUCUCGAACUGCACCCCCGAUAUUCCUCAUUUCACCCUAUUCUAAUAUUGCUUGUCGCUGCCCCUGUCCUGUUUUAUCAUUCAUUUCUCCCCAUUCCUCUCUCUGUCCCCCAUAUUUUAUGUCCCCUGAACCUGUACACCUCUCUCCCAAACACAUGGAUUUCCUGCGUUUUAAUGAUACUCCAACCCUUAUCCUCUUGCUGUUCCUCUGCAUGUCAUUCUUCCCUGCUCCCCCUCUGUGUCCUGUCUUUUUUGCUAAACCUUACCUCCACCCUCUUCUACAGUACAAGAAGCAGCACACCCUACUGCACCGUGUUAAUGGCGUGCUGAUGCUGGUGACAUUUUUCUGCUGCCGACUCCUGCUCUUCCCCUACAUGUACUGGGUGUACGGGCAGCGAGUGGGCCUCCCUCUGUACAAAGUUCCCUUCAGCCUCUCCCCAGAGUAUAACAUUGGAGCUGCUAUCCUCAUGGCGCCUCAGGUCUACUGGUUUUACCUAAUCUGCCAAAGAGCUUACACUCUAUUCCGGCAGUCUAUACUUUGCCAGCGGCCCAAGAACGGACAUCCAGCUUCGGAAAUCUCAGCCAAAGAUCAGGACUGCUCGCAGUGACAUUGGCCCUUUUCACUUUCAUUCUACUUACCCUCACCCUGCAGGAUCCAGUGACCCCUCCACCCGAAAGAGACCCCACAGGGCCAGGGGAGCAUUAAAAGACUGUGUCUUUCACUGGAGGCAAUAAGGCACCUUGUGAUGCUCUGCUUAAAUGGAAAGUAUUGUAAUUAUGUUGGAGAGAGAGGGGUAGGGAUGCAGUAUCCAACGCCUGUAGCUUUGGAGGGGUAUAAUGAAAUGAAUGCCUUGCCCAAAGAAUGCCAGUAUUAACUCACCCUGCAGAACACCACAUAACCACAGGGUGUCAUCAGUGUAUACCCCAUGCAGUAAAUAUAGUGACCACAUGGUGUCAUCAUUCUCACACAUCCCUGAAGAGUAUAACCCAGCAGUACAUAAUGCUAGAUUAGAAUAUGACAUAAUCCGAGGCGUUACUAUGUCCUCAGAUCCCCCAGGUAGUCUCUGUUUACUAUUUGGCACACAGCGUUAGAUUCUGCACACACACACACACACACACACACACACACAGUGACUGCAGAGUGAUAGUGUAGGUUACAAAAGCAUACAGCUUGCAAUGCCCACAAGUAACCUCUAGGAGUCACUGUUCCUCUAUUGAUAUUUAACACAUGGUCAUUACUGACUGAGGACAACCACACAUCCCAGACAGGUCAGCAGCCACAGUGCUUACCUGCAGCAAAGGAUUCUGGGAAGGAGAGGCUCGUAAUGAACCCCCUUUUUACCCACAUACUUUACCCUGUGUGCCCUGUUGAAAACAGCUGAUCAGACAGCCUGGGUGAGAGGGCGCAGCUCAGAGAGUCCUCUUAUUAACUAGACACAAGAAUGUCACCCACAUGGUAUUAUUUACAGUAUCAGUACAACAGCGCCAUCCAGUGAGAGAGCGAACACCAUCGGCAUACUCCCAUCCAUUCACACACACGCACUCAUUCAGAUACACUCACAUACAUUCACACACACAUACACAUACUCAAAUACAGUCACACACACUCACACAUACUCCAAUCCAUUCACACGCACACACGCACACACAUUCACAUACUCACAUGCAUACAUACACUCACAUACAUUCACACACAUACACAUACUCCCAUCCAUUCACACACACACACACACUCAUUCACAUACUCACACGCAUACAUACGUACACUCACAUACAUUCACACACAUACUCCCAUCCAUUCACACACACACAUACUCAUUCACAUACUCACACGCAUACAUACGUACACUCACAUACAUUCACACACACUCACACAUGCUCACAUACACAUACUCCCAUCCAUUCAAACACACAUUCACACAUAUUCCCCCCUCUCACAUACAUUAACAAACACACACACAUACCACACUCACAUACUCAAUUAUAUUCACACACACACAUACCCCCAUACACACAACCUUCUUCCAGUUUAUGUGGCUCAUACCCAACAAAUGCACAAUAAAUUAUAUUUGGGGUACUCUGUAAAAUCACAAUCCUACCCAGUCUCUGCUCUCUACCUCCCCCUUUGCUGUGUGGGUGAGGGGUAAAUGUCCUCUUUGCGUGGGAGGGUUUUGGGCAGCCGCAUGUUAGGGGUACGUUUAAUUGCCCAAUCAUCUAAUCUAAGGGAAUGGCUGAAUAAAAAAUAUAAUAAUUGCUGAGAGCUGUACAGUAAAGGGUUAAGCAUGGCCAGAUCCUAGCCAAUCAGUCAGCAAGGCUGUGUUUGCCGUUAUCAGACCCCAUAGUGCUUUGUAAAAAACAAGCGCUAGCUACGCGCAUUUUUACCCCUUCUGUUAAGUCCUUUUCUUUGUUUUUACCCUCUUUAUUUGUCCGUUACAUAAUGGGAGAGUACGCAAUCAUGACAGAUAUACCUCUAUUGUGUGAUUAACCCAUAGAGCGCCAGAGGGCUUUGCUAUGCACAAGUUCAUUCCUCUGGAUGGUAUACUGCUUGGGUUAAUCAGCAGGCAGCAGUCCAGCUGUCGUUAAACUGCAACUCCCAUGGCUGAGUGUCCUGAGGGUUGCAGUAUGUGUUGUCUAGCUCUGCUUUACAGAGUGCAACCAGACACAGAAACACAGAAUACAGUGAUGGCUAAGCUUGGCAGUUUCACGUUUGUGGACUUUAAUUCCCAUGAUGCUUCUGGCUUUGCACAAUGGGAAGCGUAGUCUGCAAACAUCUUGGCUGUCAAGCUCAGCCACUAAUGACAUAAAAUGCUUGAAAGAGGUCUGGGAAAGGUCGUAAAACUUCCACAGAGCCCUUCCAUGACAUGAAGAGAUUUCAGCAUCAAUAGCGCCCCUGCUUUACAAAUAAUAAAUGUGGUUUUUAUUUUUUUAAUAAGUUGCUGCUAUUCCAGGGUUUGUCAAAGGUUAAUUAUUAAGCUUAAUAUUUAUUUUCUAUCCCUUGCACAUUUUUCCCUUUGAGACCAGUCAGUCCCCUCCCCCAGCGCCAUCCGUUUUUAUUAAUUUAUUUUUAUUUAUGCUUUACACACUUUGUUUUUUAAAUGAAUGUAAAUAUGUUUCAGCGAAGCGAUAUGUUAGCAAAUGUCCUGCGAUUUAUAAUACUUGUAAAAAGGUAUUAAAAGAUUAAAUGCAAUUUAAAC